AUGCCUGGCACGAAAGCGCUGCUCCUCGUCCUGCUACUGCUGCGUGCGUUCCCUCGACUGGAGAGCUUCCACUACCGACCCGCCGAAACGAAUGCCAAGCAAUGCCUGUCCGGAUUGUACGGCGAUGCCAGCAUCGAAGGAUCUGCUGGGGCGGGCGGAAUGGGAGGCGGAUCCGAAGGCUGUGGGGAACCAAAUUCGAAGAAAGGCGCUGGCUGCAGCGCCGGAACCGGCGUUUUUGGUCGCGGAGAUCCCAAGCAGAAGGCCUCCAACAUUGCCCAAAAAGCCGCACAGGAGGCCAAGGCAGCCAGCGAUUCGCAGAUGGCAGCUGCCGAGGCGGCUGCAUCCCAGGUCAAAAAUGAACUGGCCGCCAAGGCAGCUCAAUCCGCUCGGGCGGCGGAGGCGGCACUGGCCGGAAAGCAACAGAUUGUUGAGCAGCUGCAGCAGGAGAUGACAGAGGCGGAUGCGGUUGUCACUGAGGUGACCUCGUCCCUACAAAACACCCAGACGAAUGCCAAUGCCGCCGCAUCGGCUGCCCACGAGGCCCAAUCGCAACUCAAUCAGCUGAAGAACCUGGUAAUAGCCGCCACGUCCAAUCUGGCCAAUAUCGAGAACGUGGCCAGUGGAGCGCAGCAGGAGCUGGCCGAGAAGACGCAGCUCCUGGAGGCUGCCAAGCACCGGGUGGAGAAUCUCGGCCGCCAGAUGACCGAGGCCAAGACGGACUUCGAGAAGACCAAGCAGGCGGCCUACAAAGCGGCCUGUGCUGCAGUGGAGGCCAAGCAGAAGGCACAGAGGUCUCGGCGAAUGACCCACCGCCAGCAGGUGCGUUGGGGUCUGCGUCCGCGCAAGUUGGCCGGAAAGUAUUCCGCCGGAAGCAGUCAAAAUCUAGCACCGAAUUCGAGGAUCAAUUGAUCUUUUUUAUAUUUUGUUACGUUUCGAUUUCGGUUUAAUUAGUUUCAUAUUAAAAGAAAUAAAUACAAACUAAA